CUUCUCCGCCCGCAGCUCUACACCAUCUACCUGAUCCGGACGGGGCAGUUUGACAAGUCCCCCGCCACCAUCGCCCGGCGCUACUCGGACUUUGACCGGCUGAACCGCCGCUUGCGCCGGCGCUUCGGGGCCGACCUGGCGGGCGUCUCCUUCCCGCGGAAGCGUCUGCGGCGCAACUUUGCGGCCGAGACCAUCGCCAAGCGGAGCCGGGCCUUCGAGGGGUUCCUGGCGCACCUGCACGCCAUGCCGGAGGUCCGGCGCUCGGCUGAGUUCCUGGAGUUCUUCUUCCUGGAGGACCUGCGCCAGGCCCAGCGCCUCACCUGCGGCGGCCUCUACCGGGAGGCCCUGGCGGCCUGGGACAACGCCCGGCGGCUGCAGGAGAAGCUGGCCGCCGGGCACUCGGGACACUUCCUGGUCACCCUGGCCGGCCUGGCCGUCUGCCAGCAGGAGCUGGACCGCCCGGGGGAGGCUCUGGCCGUCUGCGAGGAGGCCCUUCGUCUGCUGGGGGCCCAGGACAGCCACCCGCUGGUGGGGCCCUUCCUCCAGGCCCACGUCCGGCUGGCCUGGGCCCUGGGCAGGGACAAGCGGGAGGCCGAGGCACGGCUGCUGGCCCUCCAGGAACGGGGGCCCAGCCCCCCGCCCUCCCUCAAGGAGGUCCUCAUCAAGCAGACCCUGCCCUGAGGACGACGACGAAGAGGGGGAGCAGAGAGGAGGGCAAGGGGCACCUCCGGCCAGGGAGAGGGGGCGGGCAUCGGGGAGGCUCGCCCCAGCCGCCCCGGCCCGAAGGAGUGGGCGCAGCAGCGGGCAGGAUCCGGCUACGGGACUCCCACGCUUUGUCCUCUUUGAGGAGGAGUUGUAGUACAGGUAGAGUUAGGAAAGGCCCCAGAGGCCCACAGGUCCAGCCCCUUCCGCCAGGCAGGAAGGCACCGUCCAGCCAAGUGGACACCCAGCCUCUGAAGGAGGCCUUUCGCCACAAACAUCUCAGGCGGGGCACGUGGGGGGCUUGGCUUUGUGGAGGGAGGGAGGG